GUGUUAUAUUAUAUUAACACGUCGAAUAAUAUUUGCAUACAUUUUUGACAAAUCAUUUACAAUCAGUUUCUUUCUAUCGUAUUUUCCAAGAUCUUUAAUCGAUAUAAGCAAAUUUUUUUUAAAUUAAAAUUCAGAAGUUCUGGCGUAAAUCGCGUAAAUUUAUAGAAAUCAUAAGAUUGAAAAGGAAAGACCAUUGUGUAUCAUGCGAGUGUUUGAAAUUUUAACGAGGUACUUACAUUCUCUCACACCAGCUUCCACUCGUUAAAAUUAACCAUACAUAUGUCGUAAAUAAUCGUUGUAGAGUAACUCAUAAAUUAAACUUUUUCUGAGAUACUGCGGAAAGAUUUCAUUAUAAAUCAUCGACGAACUUCAUUGCUAAAUUUUUAAACAAAUUGAUUUAAAACAAGCACCACGAGAUCUUCCGCAUUUAUAUGUUAUGAAUUCGAUACGAUCGGAGAUGUCUGGAAAGGUUGAGAAGAAAAAAAAAACAACAAAAAAAAAAAACAAAGAAAAAGAAGAAAGAAAAAAGAAAUCUACGCUUUUAAAACAAAUAUUUUAUGAGAUAUUCGCCAAACAUGAAAUGUUUUAUCUAGAAGAUAACGAAUAUUUGUUAUCAUCUAAUUUUCAGUAUGCUUUGUAAUUAGAAUAUUUUUAUUUUUAAUUUCGUAUUACUAAUACAGACUUUGUAAAUAUAUCAAAGUAACAGGUUCAUGAAUAGUAUAAAUGCAAACGCGUUCAUUCUUCACAUUUCACAGUCAUACUUAACGCACUUCAAAUUUCGAAGUCAUGAAGGAUUUUGACAAGGAGGACACUAAUUUUUUAAUUAAAAUAGAACGUGCAAAUUAAUUCAUAGGAAACAUCUUUAUUUGCAUUAUGAAAUUAUUCAAAACUUAUUCAAAAUAUAACAAAAAAAAUAACAUCUGAUAUAUAAUCAUAUUUAAAAAAUAAAAAUUAGAUCAUCUCAUUCAUGAACUGCAUUUAAUAUUUUAAUAUUUUAGUUAUUUUAGAAUAUCUUAUUUUAGAAUAUCUUAUUUUAGAAUAACCAGCGUAAGUUUGACAAAUUAUCAAAGUUCUUUCGUAAUGGAUAGAAUGAUUAAAUGAUAUUUCAUUACAGAAUAUUCGAUUUUACUAAAUAUCAAAGAACUUUUGCCCUUUCUUAAGAUUCCUGUUAUCCUCGCAUAAAUCUCUUUAUUUUUAAUUCAUUACCGGGGAAAGGUCCCGAGGGAAAUGUCCAUUUACUAACCGUAUUCAACUCAAUUCUUACGUUCAUUUAACUUUAUUCUUAAAAUUAACUCAACUUAACUGUUAAAAUAUUUUCGACAUAAAAUUUUCCAAUGUUAAUUAUUUUUUAUGCAAAUUAUAGAAAAGAAAUACAAAUGAUUAACGUCUGAAGUUAGAUAUAUUUGAUUUUCAAAUACAUUAAUUAGAACGAUUGGAAUAUUACGUGGUUUUCUGUUUUCAUAUCUAAUGCAAUAACAAGUUAAUUUCGGAUCAAUUCACAUGAAUGACGAUCAUGAAAAUGUCAUAAGAUAAGAGAUUUUCGAAGUUCCAAAGAAUAAUCGAGAUUUCAAGAAUCACGAAAUAUAAAAAAAUCACUUCAAAAAUCACGAGGAAUGAGGAAAGUUAUUUUCCUUGGUUUUAAUCUUGAUUGAUAAUUAAUAUUAUUCUUUGAUCAAGGAUCUUUUACAGGAAAUGUUAUAAGGAGUGAAAAAAAAUAAAAGGAAGAUAAAAAAUAUCAUUAAGAACUAUAGAACCGAUAAGAAGAUACGCGAAGAUAUACAUUUACACAUAUUUGAACGCGCGUUCACGUAGCAAGUAGAUAUGAUAAAAAGUCAUGCGCGUUCAGUUACAAGGGGUUGUCGAUACCGAUAUAAAUUGACGUACAGAUCGUCCCAUAGAGCGCAGAUAGUCGAUCCCUCGGUUAAGAUACAUAGAGAAGAAUAGAAAGAGAAAGAUUUUCAUAGAUUUUUUUCGAGGAUCUUUCGAUCGAUUCGAUUAUUCACAGUGAGUUGAAUUCGAACGAUCGAACGAUCGAUCUUGGUUAACUUUCAUUAUAAGCUCGUUCCAGUUUUGAUCGAUUGUCAUCGUGAAUCACUUUCGUUUUACAUAUUUUGAUGACAAAACAAAAUUUUUUUUCUAUCGAUCAAGAUCAAACUUUGUAAAUCGGUUUUAUCGUGCACCAAAAAUUGACUAGUUCUUCGUUCUAAAUAUAUUCAACGCGAUGGAGGACAUCAAGGAGCGAAUGGAUGACCCAGGAAAGUUUCGACAAUUUGUAGCAGCGAUGGUUGUGAAUCUAGCAACCAUGACGUAUGGGACAAUGAUCGGUUGGCAAUCACCAAUGGCACCAAAAUUACAAAGUGAAGAUCCUCCAGUUGGAAUAAUAGCAAUGACAAACGAAGAAGUUUCUUGGCUGAGUGCAAUUAUGUGUUUAGGAGGAAUUGUAACAACUCCAAUAAUGGGUCCAAUAUCAGAGAAACUUGGACGCAAGAUGACGGGUUGUCUUCUUGGUCUACCAUUCUUGACUUGUUCUCUUUUAAUGAUUUUCGCGACCGAUCAAAUACAUAUCUUUAUUGCACGUUUCUUCGCCGGUGUGGGGGGUGCAGGUGCGUUCUUUUUAGUUCCACUUUACGUUUCCGAAAUUUGCUGCGACUCGAUACGUGGUAUGCUGGGUAGUCUGCUCGUUUUGGUGGUGAACGUAGGAAUCCUGAUAGCUUACAUAUUAGGUGCCUUCUUGUCUUUCAAAAUCUUUAAUAUUUGCAUCGCUGUGCUACCUAUGAUCUAUCUAGGAAGUUUUCUUUUUCUACCAGAAACACCUGUUUAUUUGAUUCGCUAUAAUCGACUUCGUGAGGCUGAUAGGUCUUUGAUGUGGUUGAGGGCGGGACAUCAAUUGACGGUAGAGAGAGAGCUACUACGUUUGCAGAUCGCUGCGAAGGAAGCCGCAACAUCAACUAAAUCCGUUGGUUUCAUGGAUCUCUUCAGGAAUAGAGGAACAAUCAAGGCAUUAAUAAUCGCUCUAGGCAUCUUCGGUGGUCAACAAUUCUGUGGUAUAUUCGCUAUGAUAAGCUAUACUGAGACGAUUUUUCGUAUAUCAGGGAGUUCGUUAUCACCAAACACAGCUGCGAUCACCGUAGGUGCCAUACAAGUUAUAGGAUCCUAUCUAUCAACUUCACUGAUGGAACGAACCGGUAGAAGACCUCUUCUAUUAAUAUCCUGUAUGGGGAUGUGCAUUUGCCAUUACGUCCUUGGUACUUUCUGCUAUCUUCAAGAAUUAAAUUAUGACAUUUCUGUAUUUGGUUGGAUACCUGUGGUAGCUUUAUCGGUUUAUGUGAUUACCUAUUGUUUGGGUAUGGGUCCUGGACCCUAUGUGAUUUGCUCUGAAAUAUUCGAACAGGAUAUUUUCAGUUUAGCAAUUGCAAUAACUCUUCUCUUUACUUGGAUCAUUGCCUUCAUGGUAGUGAAAUUCUUUGCGAAUUUGGUGGAUCUGAUCGGCAUGUUCGGAUGUUUCUUUAUUUUGGGCACUUCCUGUAUUUUAACUUUCAUCUUCAUUUACGUUUUUAUACCAGAAACGAAGGGAAGGUCGCGAGAAGAUAUUUUAAAUGAAUUAAAUGGCGGGCAUUCUUGGGCUUCGACGGUCGGUGAUAUCAAGAUUUCAACGACGCAUGCAUGACGUUCGUUAGAGAUUGCUAUAAUUGAAGAGAAAAUGGACGUUCUCUUAGAUGAAUCGAAAAUUCCUUAGAUAAUAAUAAGUAAAGAUUGUUGAGAAAGUGAACAUUGAUUUGUUGGCUGUGCAAUGAGUGCUUCAUUAGCUGUUAUGUAUGAAGUAUAUCGAUCGGCUGGACCGAUUUUUGCGAAUCGUUUUUUUGAACUUUGUACAAAGAAUAUUUUACUUUUAAAAAAGAAUAUAUAUACAUAUAUAUUACAAUAAUAUUUUAUAUCAAUAAUAUAAGUAUAGAUUAUAUAGGAUAAAUAAGAUAUGAUUGAAGGAUAUUGAAAAAAGAAAUAUUCGUGUGUUAUAGACAAAUCACACUAUAUUUUAAAUAAUAUUGUAUUUUUCCCAAAUAGUGUUCGUUCUAAAACCUAUAAAUACAAUGUUUAGGUGAAUGUUUCAAUGUUUUGUAUAAUAUGGUAAAAAAAUCAGCGAUGAUAAUUAUUACAAGUAUUUUAUAUUUGUAUCCACUUGCUUUUUCUAUCUCUACAUUUUCUUCUUAUUUAUUAAUUAAAUUAUAAUGCCCGAAAAGAGCUUAGUAUAUAUAUAUGUGUGCGCGCGUGUGUGUGUGUAUGUAUAUAUAUAUGUAUAUAUAUAUGUAUAUAUAUGUAUGUAUGUAUAUAUGUGUGUGUGUGUGUGCGUGUAUACGAAAAUUAUUACAUAAGUCUUAAAAACAUAUUAAAAUAUAAUAAGUAAUAAUUUUGUUUUUCUUUAAGAAUACUUUGCAAUAAUAGAAAUUAUGUUAUGAAGAGAUGUACAAAUUUUAAUUUUUACUAAAAUUUAAUAUUAUUACAA